AUGUCCCAGAUACCCGGACUUGGUUUCCGCGAAUGUCAUCAUUCCUGCAUGCCCAAGCGCGAUAACCGUAGCAGUCGUAUUGCACGUUCCGUAUCGCUACGUACACAGGACGAAACUCCUAAGAUGAGCCUGAUCGCCCUCCUGCCAAAGACGGGAUAUCUCCUCAUCGCAGUCUCUAUAGCCGCCGCCGCCGUGAGCAGUCUCAUCAUGAGCGGGAUCCUCGACGCAUCUCAGACGACCCGUUCCCUUGUCCUCUCUAUCAUCUGUUACUUGGCAUCCAGCAUUUUCAUCAUCUCCGUGGCUUUCUGUAACGGAAUUCGACAGGCUGCUCAAAUUCCGGGGCCAACCACCUUUGUGUUCUUCUUCGUCUGGGUUGUUAUUCAGGUCCUUUGCUUCUUCAACAUGAAGAUCCUGUGGAGUCAGGAUUGGCCUACUGAUACCAAGAACCUAGCGGUGGCCUGGAUGCUGCUGAGCCUGGCCUCCAUAGCAAUCUACAUCUUUGCCCUCAUCCGGAUCAUGGCUGUUUCGCGGAAGGAGCUUCAUUCGAAAAAGCUCGACUUGGAAGCAGCUAAGCCAUCAUCAUCGUUCAGGAAGGCGUCUUGCGAUCAUGUCGAGCACGGCGAGCCGCAGCCACCAGUUUACGCUCCGCGAAAGGAAAAUUCGGAGAAGAUUUAUUCGGAGGCAGCUGCAGAGCCAGCGUCGCCGUGGGAGAAGGCGUCCUGGGAGCAUGUUGAAUAUGGCGAGCGGGAGCCGCAACCACCUGUUUUCAUUCCACGAAAGGAAUUCUACCAAUUGCGGGGUGUACCUUGUAUUUGCACCACCCGUGGGCCGUGA